AUGUUGGCCAAGACAGUGCUUUCUCUUGGUCUGUGGCUGCAGUUUGCUGUGGGACAGAACACACCUGAGAGAGGUCCCCAGCUGCCUGUUUCCAAUUCGGAGGGAGACCUCCUCUUCUUGCUGGACAGCUCUGGCAGCGUCUCCUACUAUGAGUUUUCCAGGGUCAAGGAAUUCAUGUGGGACCUCGUGCAACCUUUCACCUUUGGCCCCAAAGAUGUCCAGACCAGCAUCAUCCACAUCAGCACUACACCCACCAUGGAGUUCCCUUUUGACCGGUACCUGUCUAGUGGGACUCUGCAACAAGCCAUCCGGGACACUCAGCAGCUCAUGGGCGACACCAACACAGGCAAAGCACUUUCCUAUGCCAAGGAGAAGUUCUUCAGUGAUGAAGCUGGUGCCCGGCCAGAUGUGCCCAAGGUGCUGGUUUGGGUGACAGAUGGUUUCUCCACUGAUGACAUCUCUGAACCCAUGCAGCUCCUGAAGGACAUGGGAGUAACAGUCUUCAUUGUCAGCACUGGACGGGGGAAUUACCUGGAACUCUCUGCUGCUGCCAGCCAGCCUCCUGAGAAGCACCUGCACUUUGUGGAUGUUGAUGACCUACCCAUCAUCACAAAGGAGCUUCGAGACGCUAUCCUAGAUGUUAUCCAAGCAAAUCGCCUCCAUGCGGUGGAUAUCACCUCAAGCAGCUUCCGUCUGAUGUGGCCCAAGCUCCUCUCCCAAGAAACUGGCUACUACACGCUAGAGUAUGCCCCAACAGAUGAUCUAGCAAGGAAGAGGACAAAGCAAGUGUCUGGGGCUCACACUAGCAUCAUGCUAAGCAACCUUGCACCAGAAACUACUUAUGAGGUGGCACUCAUUCCUGAAUCCAACGUCCACUACUUCCCUCCGCAGACAACAAGGGUUACUACACUGGCAGAGGAAAUAAGCCCAGCCCAGGUUCUCAUCUCAGAGUCUGGGCCACACAGCUUCCACGUUAGUUGGGCUCCUACACUGGACAGCGUGAUCGGCUAUCAGAUCCUGUACGGACCGCUCCCUGGGAACUCAGCGAAGCUGCUGGAGGUGGAUGGCAAGCAUAACAGCACUGUGGUGGAGAAUCUGACACCCAAUACGACCUAUCUAGUGACAGUGACUGCAACCUACAAAUCGGGAAAGGAGAGAUCCCUGUCAGCUAAAGCGUGCACUCAGGAAGAGGGCUCCAAAGUGAGGCACCUUCGCUUUGAGGACAUGGGCCCCAACACCCUGAAAGCCUCCUGGGAUGCCGCCGAUGGGAAAGUCCUCGGUUACAGAGUCAGAUGCCGGCGGCAAACUGGCCCUUCAUCUGUCAUCAGCGUUUCGCCGCAGAUCCACAGCGUGCUCCUCACAGACCUGGCUUCAGGCACCACUAACAAAGUCUGUGUGAAGCCCAUGUACAAGAACCAGCCAGGCAAAAGGCUAUGCCGCAUGGUGCACAUGCAGCCAGCUACAGAAGCCCAAGAAUAUAAGCACAGACAGAGAGCAUGACAGACUCUGGAGUGAAGUGAUUCCC